CGGGAGGGGGGAAGCAUUUGCUUCUCCCGCGUAUGCGCGGGCAGGUUAUGGUUAUUGCACAUACUGCUUAUAUGCAUAUAUAUAUGCGUAUAUACAUGUAUAUAUGACAAGAUUUGGCAAAGUUUGCCAAGGUGCCUGCCCGUCGCCGUGCGUUGCCCGCACGCCCAGGUGGGUGGCUGGGGAGCAGCCCGGCUCUCGGCUGGAAGCUGCCGGGCGCUCGCCGCUCUUUCCCGCCCGGCUCCCGGGAGGCGGGAUGAGGUUAGGGCUGCGGCCGCGGGAGGGAAGGGAAGGGAAGGGGGCUCCGUGCCGGCGCCGGCCGGAGCGUUGCCCCGUGCACCAGCCGCCGCGAUGCCGCUCAGCGCCGGCUUCCCCAGCAAGAACUACGACUACGACUACGACUCGGUGCAGCCCUACUUCUACUUCGAGGAGGAGGAGGAGAACUUCUACCUGGCGGCGCAGCAGCGGGGCAGCGAGCUGCAGCCCCCCGCCCCGUCCGAGGACAUCUGGAAGAAGUUUGAGCUGCUGCCCACGCCGCCCCUCUCCCCCAGCCGCCGCUCCAGCCUGGCCGCCGCCUCCUGCUUCCCCUCCACCGCCGACCAGCUGGAGAUCGUGACCGAGCUCCUCGGGGGGGACAUGGUCAACCAGAGCUUCAUCUGCGACCCGGACGACGAGUCCUUCGUCAAGUCCAUCAUCAUCCAGGACUGCAUGUGGAGCGGCUUCUCCGCCGCCGCCAAGCUGGAGAAGGUGGUCUCCGAGAAGCUGGCCUCCUACCAGGCGGCCCGCCGGGAGGGGGGCCCCGCCGCCCGCCCCGGCCCGCCGCCCGCCGGGCCGCCGCCGCCGCCGCCCGGCCUCGCCGCCUCGCCCGCCGCCUCGGCCGGCCUCUACCUGCACGACCUGGGCGCCGCCGCCGCCGACUGCAUCGACCCCUCGGUGGUCUUCCCCUACCCGCUCAGCGAGCGGGCCCCGCGGGCCGGGCCGCCCGGCGCCAGCCCCGCGUCCCUGCUGGGCGAGGACACGCCGCCCACGACCAGCAGCGACUCGGAGGAAGAACAAGAGGAAGAUGAGGAAAUUGAUGUCGUUACAUUAGCUGAAGCGAAUGAAUCCGAAUCCAGCACAGAGUCCAGCACAGACACAUCAGAAGAGCACAGUAAGCCCCACCACAGCCCGCUGGUUCUCAAACGGUGUCACGUCAACAUCCAUCAGCACAAUUAUGCCGCUCCUCCCUCCACCAAGGUUGAAUAUCCAGCUGCAAAAAGGCUAAAGUUGGACAGUGGCAGAGUUCUCAAACAGAUCAGCAACAACCGAAAAUGCUCGAGUCCCCGCACGUCAGAUUCGGAAGAGAACGACAAGAGGCGAACGCACAAUGUCUUGGAGCGCCAGAGGAGAAACGAGCUGAAGCUGAGUUUCUUUGCCUUGCGUGACCAGAUACCCGAGGUGGCCAACAACGAAAAGGCGCCCAAGGUCGUCAUCCUGAAAAAAGCAACGGAGUACGUUCUUUCCAUCCAGUCGGACGAACACAGACUGAUCGCAGAGAAAGAGCAGUUGAGGCGGAGGAGAGAACAGUUGAAACACAAACUCGAGCAGCUAAGGAACUCUUGUGCGUAGGAACUCUUGGGCAUCGCUUAGAAUAACCCAAAUGAGACUGAAACUAUGCUAAAAUAUUGUUUCUAAUAUCACUCAUGAACUACACCAGUCCAUCCAACGUGGAACUGUUGCAACUGCAUGCUGUGCGAUUUAACUUGAGACUACACAACCUUGGCUGAAUCUCCCAAGGGUUUGGCCAGAACCUCAAAACUGCCUCAUAAUUGAUACUUUGGGCAUAAGGGAUGAUGGGACAUUCUUCAUGCUUGGGGAUGAACUCUUCAACCUUUUUUCUUUUAAAAUUUUGUAUUUAAGGCAUUUUUUCAUAUGAGAAUCCCAAAAAAAAGUUGUCCCCAGAUUGCUGUAUAUAUUUACACAUCUUAUUGCCAUGUAAAUACCUUUAAUAAAGCCUUUAUAGAAAAAUGUGCAACAUUAAUACGCAACAGUUGUGGCAACUGGAUUUAUACUUGUCUUGAACUUCUGUGCCAUAACAUUUCACAAUUUUGUUUUUUAUUUAAAUACAUUUUUUCUUUUAAAAAUGAUUUUUAUUUUGUUUUUAGAUAAAUAAAUAUUUGCCCAAAAU